ACAGAAAGGAAUUAAAUUCUCAGCAACAGUUUGUAGCAACCAUGGCCAACUCAUCUGAUCGCAAGCCCGCUCCAGACGCAGCUGAGGCCGAUGCCUGGUUCCCGUCUCCUUAUUCUCUUACCCAAUACACGUCGCCUAAGACGGAUUUUGACGGCGCAAAUUACCCUAACGCCUACAAGGGCGGCAAAUGGAAAGUGCUCUUGAUUGCGACACAAGAGCGCUAUCUCAAGAUGGCCAACGGCGAAUUCUUUUCGACAGGCAACCACCCUGUGGAGAUGCUUUUGCCCAUGAUCCAUCUUGAUGCUGCGGGGUUCGAUAUCGAUAUUGCCACGCUUUCAGGCGACCCUGUGAAAUUUGAGAUGUGGGCUUUCCCAAAUGAGGAUGAGUCGGUCAAAGCUAUCUACGAGAAGUACAAGGAAAAAAUCCGUAGCCCGCUCAAUCUCCACGACGUGUGGGGUAAGGGCUUUACCAAGGAUACUCCCUACCUCGCAGUGUUUAUUCCUGGUGGCCACGGUGUCUUAAACGGUAUACCCUUCUCGGCAACUGUCGGAAAUAUUCUUCGGUGGGCCCAUGAGAACCAACGCUUCUUCAUUUCACUCUGCCACGGGCCAGCCAGCAUGCUCGCUGCCGAUGUUGGAAAGCCUGAGGGUAGCAAGUUUAUCUACGAGGGAUAUCAAAUUGACGUUUUUCCGGAUGAGCUGGAUCAGCAGGCAAAUGUCGAAAUUGGCUAUAUUCCGGGCAAAAUGGAGUGGCUGGUCGGCGACCGGCUCCGACAGCUCGGUGUCAAGCCGCUCAAUAGAGGCAUCAACGGUGCCACUCAUCGGGAUAAGCUUGUUCUGACUGGUGACUCUCCAUUGGCAUCAAAUAACCUUGGCAAAUUGGCUGCCAAGACACUUCUUGAGGAGGUUACCAAGCUCCUAUAAUUUUCUUCUCGCACAAAUCCAACAAGAAGGGGCAGGAAGGAAAUGUGGAAAGGACGUGCAGAGAAUAGUUAGGUAAUUACAUAGGUGAUAACAAUGAUAGGUGAGAUUGCGAGUG